CGUGUUUAUAGACAGAGUUGCUCAUCCCGGUUGUGAAACUCUGAACUCUGAAGAGAUCACUCAAAGUAAAAAAAGUGCUAACAAAGUAAUAUUACGCAAUGCACGCAUGCAAUAUAAAUUGCAUUUAUUUGUGCUAUCUAUGACAUUACAUACAUGUUGCACUAACUUUUGUCCGAAGAUUGGAUCAAAUCGGAAAUACGGUGGUAUUCCAGGCUAUAGCCUCAGCAAAUUUAUCUGGUUUGCCGGAUAGUUUACAAAAUAGAUCUCAUUUUUUAUUUAAACAAUGGCUCCUAGUCGAAGCGCAAUUUUAUAUCUUUAUCGAAAUUUAAUUGGAGAAAGCAAAAAAUGGGACUCGUACAAUUACAGAAUGUAUGCUCUGCGAAAGAUACGAGAUGAAUUCAAAGAAAACAAAACGUUAACUGAUCAAGAAAAGAUUAAACAAUGUUAUGAAAAAGGACAAGAGGCACUGGCAGCAAUCAGGAGACAAGUCAUACUAGGCCAUCUUUACAAUACUAGGCCAUUAGUGAUUGAAACUAAAAGCAAGUUACAUGAUGCAACUUAGAAUAUACAAUAGUUUUAGACUAAAUAUUUAAAGUUGUAAUAUUGAUAUGUAUUGAUAUGCAUCUUGAAAUUUGUAAAGAUGAAAUUUCUUAAAUCACUUAAAAUUUUCAAAUUUGAAAUAUCAAGUGUAGCAUAUCUUCAAUUCAAUCUCAUCAUGAACACUGUGUUGUGUUUUAAAAGUAUUAUAAAACAUUCGUGAUUCAAGAAAUGUAAUGAUACUUAGUUGUUUAAUUAUGAAGAAAAACUUUGUGACUGCUUGUUCAUUUCUUCAUAAAAUAAAUUUUUAUAAUUCAUCGUUA